CAUUGAAUAAUUUGAUGCAGAAGUGCGCUACUAUCCAUUUUCGUGUAUAUGACAAGUAUAUAAAACUAGAGUUCUUAUAAUUUUCCUUAUAAACGAGAAACGGUUAAUUUGAUAGGAUAAAAUGCCAUACGCUAAUCAACCAUCAGUUCAUAUUUCGGAUUUAACCGAAGAAAAUGUCAAGUUUCAAGUGGAAGAUACCGAAUUGAGUGUUGCAAAUAGUAUGAGGCGUGUAUUUAUCGCCGAAACUCCGACUAUGGCUAUUGAUUGGAUACAACUAGAAGCCAAUUCUACCGUUUUAAGUGACGAAUUCUUGGCACACAGGAUUGGAAUGAUACCGUUGAUCAGUGAUGAUGUGGUUGACAGAAUACAGUAUACAAGAGAUUGCCAAUGCAUGGAUUUCUGCCCAGAAUGUAGUGUAGAAUUCACUCUUGAUGUUAAAUGUACUGAAGAUCAAACUAGACUUGUAACUACUGCAGAUUUCAAGUCAAGCGAUCCUAGAGUACUACCUGUCACAUCUAGACACAGGGAAGAUGAUGCAAGUGAAUAUGGAGAGACAGACGAAAUUUUGAUAGUGAAGCUAAGAAAAGGACAAGAACUGAAACUUAGAGCAUAUGCAAAAAAAGGUUUCGGAAAGGAGCAUGCAAAGUGGAAUCCAACCGCUGGUGUAAGCUUUGAAUAUGAUCCUGAUAAUUCCAUGAGACACACUUUGUAUCCAAAACCAGAUGAAUGGCCCAAAUCAGAGUAUAGUGAAUUAGAAGAGGAUCAAUACGAAGCACCAUUUAAUUGGGAAGCUAAACCAAACAAGUAUUACUUUAAUGUGGAAAGCAGUGGGGCUCUAAAACCUGAGAACAUCGUCAUGAUGGGGAUAGCAGCGUUAAAAAACAAAUUGUCAAAUCUGCAAACGCAAUUGAGCCACGAGGUACAAAGCGAUGCAUUGAGCAUUCAUCAUUAAAAAUAAAUUUUAAUCUGUAUUUACAUAUAUAUA